GCCCACUGCAACAGCAUAAACAAAAGCCUAAAAAGCACGAAUCUGCAACUUUACUCUUUAACCCAAACGUAAACAUGCGGUCACUACUCUUGCCGCUGGCGAGCUUCCCCAUGCGGCCAGGUUUCCAGCAACGCCUCUCAAAUCGCCACCUGCCAUUGUUUAAUCCACUCGGCUUGGCUCCAACACAGAUCAUUUCGCCGAAGAGGAGAGCCACCAUCUCUUCUUACCAGUCUCCGUCAUCUCUACCAGUCUACGGUUUCCAAAUUCGAGGAUCUAAACCUAGCUUCACACCAUACACGGUGGCGUUUUCCUCUCCAACCUCUCCUGCUUCAGUUUCAGCUGAUAAUGAAGUCGACAAGGCAAAACUCGCUCAGGUUGCAAAGAGACUAGAGAAGACUUCAAGGUACUUCAAGAGGCUUGGGAGUAUUGGUUUCUGGGGGCAGCUUGUCUCAACUGUUGUGGCUGCUGUCAUUCUAUCCUUCUCCAUUGUUGUAACUGGCAAACCCACUUCCCCUGCUACUUUCUACGCAACCGCUAGUGGCAUCGCUGCUGCAUUUGUCUCUGUCUUCUGGUCCUUUGGCUAUAUUCGCCUCUCUGAGAGGCUCCGUCGAACUGCCGGUGACCCUGCCAAGGCCCCGCCUCGUGCUGAUGUUGUGAAAGGUUUGAGAAGUGGGAUUAUGGUUAACCUUCUUGGAAUGGGAGCUGCAAUUCUCGGGAUGCAAGCAACGGUUGGGUUUUUAGUUGCAAAGGCUUUAACAACCUCAGCAAACCCUUUCUACCAAGGAGUCUCUCAAGGAUACAGCCCCGUUCUUGCCCUCGAUGUCUUCCUCGUUCAGGCAUCGGCCAACACCUUGCUUUCUCAUUUUCUAGGCCUUGUUUGUUCCUUAGAGCUGUUGCGGUCCGUGACAGUGCCCAACUCCGAAUCAGUCUUCGUUCCUAAAGUUGCAUGAGUUUCUGCUUUUUGCAGGCCUUGUAUUCAUAAACGUUUAAUGCAGAGACUUGUUAUCUUUUAUAAUUGAAAAACAACUGUUGUCGACUCAA